CUGGAUAAAUCCCGCUGCCGCUCACUGCGCCGCUACCCGCCGCGAGGAAGCAGCUGCAGCCGCUGGUGCAGCUCUCACGCGUUAACCAACCACUUUACACCCGUAACCAUGGAGAUCACGUUCACUGGCAAGCGUGCGCUCGUGACAGGCGCCGGAAAAGGCAUCGGGCGAGCCACAGCUCUGGCUUUAGCGCGCGGGGGAGCGGAAGUGACAGCAGUCACGCGCACACAGGCCGACCUGGAGACGCUCGUGCGCGAGUGUCCUUCUGUUAAGCCUGUGUGUGUGGACUUGGCGGACUGGGAUGCUACGGAGCGUGCGCUGAAGGACGUGGGUCCUAUCGACCUGCUGGUGAACAACGCAGGCUGCGCCAUGCUGCAACCCUUCCUCGAGAUCACGCAGGACAGCUUCGAUAAGUCUUUCGACGUCAACGUGAAAGCAGCUCUGCAUGUCACACAAAUUGUGGCCAGAGGAAUGAAAGCCAGGGGAAGUGGUGGCUCCAUCGUGAACAUCUCCAGCCAAGCUUCACACCGCGCCUUUAAAGACCAUGCCGUGUACUGUGCUACCAAAGGAGCUCUCGACAUGCUGACCAAAGUGAUGGCUCUGGAGCUGGCGCCGUACCAGAUCAGAGUGAAUUCCGUAAACCCAACUGUGGUGAUGACGGACAUGGCAAAAAUAGGAUGGAGUGACCCCGCGAAGGCUAACACCAUGAUAUCACGUAUCCCGAUGGGCAAAUUUGCUGAAGUGGAGGAUGUGGUCCAUGCCAUACUGUUUCUGCUUAGUGACAAGAGUGCAAUGACUAAUGGAGCGUUCCUGCCGAUAGAUGGAGGCUUCCUGGCCUGCUAGACUGGAGUCCUCUGUGGGAAUCUCUAGGAGGAUUGACAGCUUGAAGGAAAAACAUUAAGUGCAAACACUUGCAUAUCAACACCUACAGUGUACUCCACAUGCGUAC